GUGGACCAGGCUAUGAGGAGUGCUGGACUUUGCGAAGCUCGCUCAAUCACUUUAUUGUAUGUUUAAGAUCUGGGGAUUGGGAUCGUAUCAGCAGUGCAGCAGAUCGACAAAGGACCCAUAAAAGAUCGAGAACCAAAUUAACAUCGGAGCGCUUUUUAUGAGAGAAAUAGCGUAAAACGCAGGAACCUAUUAAAGCCCCAUUUCCACACGGAUCCACCUCAUCUGGGAGUGUAAAGAUGUCUGAGGCGUUGUCACAGCAGGAGAGGCUCCAGGCAAUAGCAGAGAAGAGGAAGAAACAAACAGAGAUAGAGAACAAAAGACGGCAGCUGGAGGAUGACCGCAGACAACUGCAGCACCUCAAGUCGAAGGCAUUAAGAGAGAGAUGGCUGCUGGAUGGAACUCCAUCUGCUGGCUCAGAGGAAGAUGAAGCAAAGAGACAGCUUUACGAAGACGAAGCAAAAACUAAAGAACUGGAGGAGGCUAUUCUCGGACUGGAACAGGAACUGGAGGAGUUGGAGACAGGUGUGUCUGCAAUAUCUACCAAAGAAAACCUGUCAGACGUGGCAGAGCAAGUGGAAACCAAGAUUUCAGACAAGCAGGUCUCUCAGAUUGUGGAAGACUCAGUGAAAGUGGUGCAUGAGGUGCGUGAGAUAGAUGGCGCAGUAACCAACGGCGUUCAUCAGCUCAGCUCGUCCGAGGUAGAGGAGCUCAUCCACAAGGCCGACGAAGCCUCCAUGAGUGUUAUCAGCAACACCUCGCCCAAACGAGCAUUAGAGCAAGCCACGAAUCCCCCAACCGGAGCAGAGCCGGCUGGAGUCACCCCUUCCCCUGCAUCCAUCAAGGAGAUCACUGGGGUAGAGGCCAAACCGUCAGUGACCGCACCCCAGAUGAAUGUGAAUGAUGCCAGUGCGGAGAAACCAGUCACCAUGGUGUUCAUGGGCUACCAGGAUGUAGAGGAUGCUGAUGAAACAAAGAAAGUUCUGGGGCUUGAAAGCACCACGAUCAAAGCUGAGCUGGUGGUCAUCGAGGACGGAGAAAACAAAACCAAGGCCCAGGAAGAUCAGGCACCGCCUAACGGAGGCCCAGCUGAGCCAGCAGAAGCCCAGGAUGAGAAAGCAGAUAAAGAAGAGGCUGAACCUGAAGCUGCCGCCAUUGAAGUUAAAAGCAAAGAGAAGCAGCCUUGUAAAUGCUGUUCCAUUAUGUGAAAAAUUCCCUUACACAUGGGAACUUGGGACAUUUGUUUCUUAAUGGUGAACGGUGCAUCGUGACACCGCAUAAGGACAAAACAACACCAACACAAAAAGAGGAAACGUCUUGUAUCUUUUGAUAGAAAGCUAUUUGUUUUCUUACUUCCUUUGUAUCUGAUUUCUUAUUUACUUUAUUUUUACUUUUUUUCUAUUGUAUUCUUUAGGCUAUUAUAGUUUAAGACAAAACAAGUGGCACAUGAUGCCCCCCCCCCCCUUUUUUUCCUUCUAUUUUACAUUUCAAAUACACUUAGACUUUCAUUGUCUGUAUGAAAGACUGAGAUAUCUCUGUAUCUGUAUAAUAUA